GGUGUACGUUGUAACCUUAUAAAAUACUAUUUUAGGGACAACAACUUCAAUCUCAUAACUUCUAGUCUUCUACCAAACACUUGGCAAAAAUGUCUCUGAUUUCAAAUCUCUUCACCGACAACACAACCAUUGUCAUACCUUACGCACUUCUCCUUUUCAUCGCUAUCUUCUCGGUUCUAUGGUACCUUCUUAAACGCUCGCCGCAACCACCUCUACCACCUGGACCGCGAGGGCUACCUAUUGUCGGAAACCUUCCCUUUCUUGACCCGGACCUUCACACCUACUUCACAAAACUCGCUCAAAAUCAUGGUCCAAUCUUCAAACUCAAUCUAGGCUCUAAACUAACCGUCGUGGUCAACUCUCCAUCGCUGGCUAGAGAGAUCUUUAAAGAUCAAGAUAUCAAUUUCUCAAACCAUGACGUCCCUCUCACGGCCCGAGCCGUUACCUAUGGCGGUCUCGACCUCGUUUGGUUACCAUACGGUGCCGAAUGGAGAAUGCUUAGAAAAGUUUGCGUUCUCAAGCUUCUUAGCCGCAGAACGUUGGAUUCUUUCUACGAGCUUCGACGUAAAGAAAUCCGGGAAAGAACGAGAUAUUUGUACCAGCAAGGUCAAGAAUCACCGGUGAAUGUUGGAGAUCAGGUCUUUUUGACGAUGAUAAAUCUAACAAUGAAUAUGUUAUGGGGAGGUUCGGUUAAAGCAGAGGAAAUGGAGAGUGUUGGAACAGAGUUUAAAGGAGUGAUUUCUGAAAUAACUAGGCUUUUGGGAGAGCCUAAUGUUUCUGAUUUUUUCCCAUGGUUAGCGAGAUUCGAUCUUCAAGGACUUGUGAAGAAGAUGCAUAUGUAUGCUCGAGAGCUCGAUGCAAUACUUGAUCGAGCCAUCGAGCAGAUGCAUCGACUAAGAAGUAGGGAUGGUGAUGAUGGUGAAUGUAAAGACUUUUUGCAACAUUUGAUGAAGUUAAAGGACCAAGAAGCUGACUCGGAGCUUCCCAUUACGGUUAACCAUGUCAAAGCCGUACUUGUGGAUAUGGUAGUUGGUGGUACAGAUACAACAACCAACACGAUAGAGUUUGCAAUGGCCGAACUAAUAAGAAACCCGGAGUUGAUGAAGAGAGCACAACAAGAGCUAGACGAAGUUAUUCCGGAUGGACACGUGUUGGAUUUGGAAGAGAAGUUUGGGAUUGUCUUGAAGCUCAAGACCCCUCUUGUUGCCUUGCCCAUUCCAAGGUUGUCCAAUUCGAAUCUUUAUUUAUAAAGGCUAAAAUCUUUAUAGUUUUCUUAAAAAGGAAAAAGAUUGUUAUGUCGGCCAUUUUUAUAAUAUACGUUUUUUAGGUAAAAGUGUGUUAUAUUUUGAACUUUUUUAAUUAAUCGUCAUAAGUUUUGUAAUGAAAUUCAAACAUCGUU